AUGGCAGCCGCAGACGGGAAUCGAGAUUUAUUAUCUGCCGCUGUAAGUGGGAUUUUAGCCUCACUUGCUUCAACAUCAAGCAGUCAAACAACUUCGCUAUCUUCGUCACCAAACAAUGUGACUAACAACGAAGAAUUGGGACCCAAUAGAUCAUCUCCAGCACUGUCCACUACUCAAGCGCUUGCUCAUCUAUUCCCACAAUGUGGCCCAAGGCAAAGUUACCGCAGCGAGACUGCACAACCUUACGAGUCGGAAAGUGCUUUUCGAAGUGUUGCUAGUCGGCCCAAAAGGAAAAGGAAGAUCAAGCAGGAGAAAGAUUAUAGUUUUGCGAAGGAUAUAGUCUUGAAAGACGUUUUUUUACUUCCUUCUCCUGAAUAUAAAAAAGUACCACGUGGAAAAGCGCGCGAAAUGUUGUAUGCCGAAGGAUUUGUCACCUCUGCUGUUGAGAUCCACGGCAACUGGAGUGAAAAUGAUGCAGUGAAAGCUUUGGAAGAGCAAUUUAAAGAGAAGUUGAUGGAUAUUCCACCUCCUCGGUAA